AUGUCGACCACAACCAUUACUGCUACUCAGCAGGCGGAUCGGAGCAGAUUCAACUUCCAGCAUCGAUGGUUUGACAGGACGAUCGAGCAUUGGGAACAGCGCACCGGCUCUAUCCGCAGUAAAAAGUUGAGGAUUUUGGAAGUUGGCUCCUUCGAGGGCGGUUCCGCGACGUGGAUCCUCGACAACCUCAUGGAUCACCCGGAGUCGACAUUUAUCGCCGUGGAUACCUUCGGUGGAAGCAUGGAGUUUCAGAAUGACACAUACAAAGAAUUUGAGGCUUACGACAUUCCCUCUUUGGAGAAGCGCUUCCGAUCCAACGUCGCGAAAUGCCGCCACGUCGACAAGCUUACCGUUAUCAAACGGUCCAGCCUUGACGCUCUCCCAACACUGAAGCACCAAGGUGCUCGUUUUGACUUCAUCUACAUCGACGGAUCUCACGUCGCUCUUGAUGUCUUGCACGACGCUGUUCUCGCCUGGGGCAUGCUCGAGGUUGGAGGCACCAUUGUAUUCGACGACUAUACCUUGAACAGGUACAACGAGGAAAGCUACAACCCGCCUGCCGCAGUCGAUUCUCUCAUUCGAUGCGCAGCUUUUGAAGCGCAUGCCACCCAGGCAGGAUCGCAGAUGUGGGUCAACAAGGUGCCCCAGCUAUUCCCGCCCACUCUUAACCCGGAGAGGGAGUUGAUUGUUGAGGACGACUGA